AUGUUCCCCUCCGGUCACCGCAACCACGAAGGUGACUCUAACUUGGAAGUUGGAACAGCUUCGAGGCAGGGGGCAGUGGCGGAGACGCAUCUGAGUGUGACAACCAGUACCAUUCCGACGACAAGCCUAUAUUUGCACUCUCCACGGGAUGGUUCAACAAGAAAAGCAGGUGUCUCAACUUCAUCAACAUUCAUGGGAAUGACACACUGUCAGGGCCAUGGCGGUUGA